GUUACCGGCGAGCGCAUGUAGGUCGACAGAGUGCAACCAACUUUAGCGCACGGCGCCCUGGACGCUUUUGAGGUGAAGAACGUGGACGCUGAUUUACAUCUCCACUCACUUCUCUAUGUCUGGAAAAUUACAAGAACUGAUCAUGGGGAAUGUGGGUUGCCUGAGCAGGUUUUGUGAAAUCUAGUAGAUUCCUGUGGAGAAGAGGUGAAUCAACACUUAGCAAAGAGUGGUUAGAAAAUUGCUGAGAAGACUCCAGUUUCACAUUCUUCACUGACACCUGGGGAGCUGAAAGAAUGGACCAAGCCAGGACAACGAUAUCUAAAAUUUUCAACGGGGAGCCACGCUCAUACACCCGUUUCAGCCUUACCCAAAAUAUGGAGGGUGGAGACAGCCAGGUGGAGAUGAAACUCGCCCCAGAGGUGGAGGAGGAAGUGGGAACCAACGGGGUGGGGGAACACCUCAACCACCAGAGUCAGUCGCCCUACAGACGAAAGCCGUCACGCACCCCUAAAAAUAUCUUUUAUCUGAUUGCAGUCACUCUACUCAUCUUUAUCAUUGGAUAUCUUAUUGGAUACCUGGUGCAUCGGAAGCAGGAUAAGUCCUCACCAACUUGUGAUCAGACUGAUGAUCAGGCGGUAGCUGGACGUGUGGCUGAUGAUGAAGAUUCAAGUUGGACUGGAUCAUAUACACCUCAACUGGAUUGGAGCGACGUUAAAAAGCUGUUUGGAGACAAGCUGACAGUUAGCCAGAUUGAGGCCAGUCUGAGGGAGUUUGCCAGUAAUGACCACAGGGCUGGGUCUCCAGGUGACGAGGACCUGGCCAACAAAGUGCUGCAGAGGUUCCGGGAGAACAACCUGAAGACCUGGGAUGAUAAGCACUAUGUGACGCUGCAGGUUCCACCUACCUCUGCUUCCAACAGUCUCACGUUCCGUGGCCAGAACUUGGGUCCUCUACAAGGUUACCUGGCCUACAGUGCCAGCGGAUCUGCGGAGGGUAGUGUUUUGUAUGCUUACUAUGGACGGGUGGAAGACUUUGAAGACCUGGAAGAUAAUGGUGUUGGUGUGAGUGGAAGGAUUGUUCUGGUCAGAGCUGGUGGGCGUAUAAGCUUUGCUGAAAAGGUGGCUAAUGCUGCAAACAUGAAUGCAAGCGCUGUCCUGAUCUACCCUGAUCCAGCAGAUUAUGCCUUCAGUGAAGGAACUCAUCUGUUUGGCCAUGUGCAUCUUGGUUCAGGAGAUCCCUACACACCAGGCUUCCCCUCAUUCAACCACACUCAGUUCCCACCUGCACGCUCGUCUGGCUUGCCCAACAUCAUAGCCCAGACCAUCACUGCGUCAAUGGCCAAAUCUAUUAUGGGGAAGAUGGGGGGACGGACUGCUCCUCGCAGCUGGAUUGACGGUGGGCUGUCUGGAGUGCUGUACAAACUGGGAGAGGACAGCGAUACUGCAACUGUGCAAGUGAACAAUGCCCUGGCCAAUACAAGGAUUCACAACGUGUUUGGUGUCAUCAAGGGUGUCACCGAUCCAGACCGCUACGUUGUGAUAGGAGCUCAGAGGGACGCAUGGGGCCCUGGCUUUGCCAAGUCAACUGUGGGCACUGCUUUGUUGGUGGAACUGGCCAAGACCAUCAGCUACAUGGUCAGAGAAGGCAGAUUCGUGCCCAGAAGAAGUUUUGUCUUUGCCAGCUGGACAGCUGGUGAAUAUGGUAACAUUGGCGCCACCGAGUGGUUGGAGAGUUAUUUGCCAUCUCUGAGUAUGAAGGCUUACUCUUACAUCAGUCUGGAUGGAGUCGUAGCAGGCACUACUGAGACUUUCAAAGCAAGUGCAAGCCCCUUGAUGAAUGGUCUAAUUUUAGACACAAUGAAGGAGGUGUACACUGUUCAUGACCCUAGAAAAACAAUCUUCGCACAAGUGGGAGAGCCCAAAUGGGAAGGAGUAGUGCUGGAGGAUAUGGACAUGUCAAACCCUGCCUAUCCAUUCACAACCUUCUCCGGUAUUCCAUCGGUCUCCUUCCGGUUCAGUGCAGGCCAGGCCAAAGGGGUGUACCCUUUCUACAAUACCCUGCUGGACACUAGAGAAAACCUGAACUCGGCCACGUAUGGAAACGUGGCAAAGGUGGCUCGGGCUGCGGGGCAGGUGGCUGGUCACAUGGCCUUGAGGCUCGUCCACGACCAUCUGAUCAGGUUGAGUGUUGAGCAGUAUGAUCAGAUCAUUCGUAAACGCGUCAUCCAGAUCAACGGCAAAGUCAACGUACUGCUGCAGAAUGGCCGUCUCCCCGCCAACUUCACCCCGCAGUGGCUCAUCUCCGCCAUGGGCUCCUAUGGACGUGGCGCACGUAGUAUCUACAGCGCCAUUGAGAACAGUGAUCUCGAGGACACAGAGCAUUGCCGCCUGCUGAAUGACCGUCUGAUGCGGGUGGAGGCCAAUCUCCUGUCCCCAUAUGUUUCUCCCAUAGACAGCCCAUUCCGCCAUAUCUUGCUCGGCUCAGGCCAGCACACGCUCAGCGCCCUUGUGGAGAACCUGGACGCCCUGAAGAGUACCUCAGAGCCGGGUGACGUCGACCGGCUGCUGAACCAGUUCGCCCAAGCCACCUGGACCAUCCAGAGCUGCGCCAACGCCCUGGCAGGGGAGGUGUGGGACAUGGACAACAACAUUUAGACCCUAAAUCAGACCAGAAGGCUAGACCCAGCUGAUUACUUUAUUAGGUUUUUUACCGCUUGUGAAAGAGGUCUAUUUCAUAUUCAGGUCUUAGCCCCUUUGAUCUAAAAGAUCUCAAAUAGAUCAUCAGUGUUACAGACAUGCUGGGAUUCUCCUUGAAUUGAAGAAACCAUUGGUGCUAAACAAUAACAAAAAUGUCCGUUAAGUGUUUCAUACACAGCAGUAUUUUCUGAAAUGCCAAGAAGAACAAUUAAGAAACGUAUACAAUUAUAGUGCCAGCAUACAGUAUAUGCCCGUCAUAUGUGUAUUCAUUGAAAACCAACAUGGUCACCUGGUUGCUUUGUUACAAUUUACACAUGGCCUUAAAAGAGUUGUUACAGUAUAUUUUUUUCAUUUUGGUGCUCAGAAUCCCUGGAUUGACUUUGAUAGUGGCUAUAUGGUGCUAUGAGUAAGAGGUUUAGCUGGAUCCUCUAAAUUCGUGAAAAAAUAAUAUGUUCCUGCUUUUGUUUUUAUGAUGGCAUUGAAAUCAGAAGCACACUGCAGGAAGUGAUGGGGUCAUAAAAUCGAAUAGCCACUAUCUCUCUAUUCACCAUGGGGUAGACUCUACUUAUCGUGCUAUUAGUAAUUUAUUUAUCAGUGACAGGGUUCACUAUAAAUAGUCUUUUUUUUACCUUAUGUAUAAUUAUCGGGAGCAGUGCCUUCCAUAAUUAUGACAGUUAUACUGUCAAACUGACAAAGCAGCAUCUGCUAUGGAAUUAUACAUGAUGCCAAUAGUCACGGCACCAAAAACUGCCAUGACACUUAGAAGACCCCACAUGCCACUUUUUGCAACUUCAGAUUCACUCAGAUUUAUUCUCAUUACAUCUUGGUCUUCAGUUAUCCUUUUUCUUAAUUUGUGUAGUAGCCAAUACGGGGUCUACAGAAGUGGCUGUUUUUGGUGAGUUGCCUUUUGGGACAUGUAUAUUUCUGAUUGUAAACCUGAACCAUUAUCGGGAGCAGUGUCUUCCAUAAUGUGAAGAAGAAGGUAGUUUUUGCCUACCAGUUGAUUUAUAUCGAGGGCAGUGUCCUUCAUAUUUCACUGUAGGGUGGAUGUCAUUAUCGGGAACAGUGUUUCCCAUAAUCGUGAUUUUGUACAUAUCCUGCAUCAAGCUGUCAUAUGGUUUGGUAUCUUAUGUCUACGUACCACGGCUAUGCAACAUCUUGUUGUUUUCUUCCUUUUUUGAAUUUACAGCAGUGCAAUCCUUCAGCCCAUGCAUUUGUUUUCUUCUUCUUUGGAAAGUGUGGCAGGAAAACAGGAGAUCUGAUUACUUUUUGAGAUGACUUUAAAGCGCCGUAUGCAUCAUAUAGGGUGAUCUAUUAGCAAAAGUGGAAUGUAGUAUUUGUUUUCAUUGAUAUUUGUAUCACCUGUAGCUACAAAUUCCUGUCUUUUGUUAGUUUAGAAUGAGCCCCUAUAUAUGGAAGUGAGUCAUCUUCCACACAGCCCACCAUGUUGUGUUGCCCUGUUUAUAGUGUAGCCCAAAAUGGACAAACCAAAACAUUGGCAGAGGGCCUUUUGUUUGUUUUUUUUUCUUGGUACCUGUAGCUUCUCCGACUUAUUUGGAAAGGAAGAAGUAUAAGUUUGAUAAUCAGCCUUACCACUAUGCCACUGAAUCGUUCAUACUGGAUUUUAUAGCUUUUUUCUUUUUUUUUUAAUAGCUGAAUCAAGAAUGAAAAAGCCACCAUACAGAGUGGCUCAGGGUUUCAGUUGGUUUGAAGAUUUUUCCAUACCUGUUAUUGUUUUGAACUUUUUUUACUUAGUAGUUCUCACUUGUGUGGUUGCCAUGUUUAUCUUCUGCUCUCUUUCCUUAAUGUGCACACAUCUUGAUUUUAAACUCUGAUUAGACUCACUUACCUGUCAUUAUAGGCUACUCCAAAUAUGCUACAUAAUCCAUAUAUUAGUCCCCACCUCCCCCUUUAAAGUAAUGAAAACCACAUUAUGACCAACUAUAGUCGUAUUCAGAGUACAGUAUAAUCAUACACAUUUAGAAUAUUUAAUUUCUUAUAGUCAGAGUGAUGGGUGCAACAGGCAUGAGUAGAUACAUCAGAAUGCUAUUUCAGAACAGACUGAACAUUUUGUGUAACUCUUUGACUGGAAAAAACAGAUGAAUGAAUUUGUGUUUGUAAUGAAACAAGGCUGAUAACGUUUUAAGGGGUGGAUUUUAAUAAAAGAUACGCCAGUAACAUUUGCUGGUGCCGAGAUUUAGAUUUGAUUUGAGAUGUUGUAUGAAAAACAGAAGAAUCAACAUGUAUAUUCAAGAGAUGUUUGAAGCAUUGGGAAUGCAAUGGUGUAGAUUUGAACUUUUUUCUUUCGGUCAAGAGAAUAAUCUAAAAAUACUGACAAGUUUUUAACCGGAUGAAACUAGGGGUUGGUCAUUGACCAUGGCAUUGGCAUCUGCAGAUUCAUGCAGAUAUUUGCCCAUGGGAGAAAAAUCAGAAUAUGUUGUGGCUGUUGAACACUCCACUACAUUUUGUAGACUUUGAAAGCUGUAGAAUAUAUUUUCCUUCAAUAAAGCUUUGCAUUGCGCUUAAA